AGCCAGAUGCAGUCUUGGUACCAUUGGUGUACAUUGCAAGCCCAUUUUUAAAGGCAGUCACUAGUAUGUCUGUAACCAUGUGCCAGUCUGUAGGAUUUAUGGUUUCACUGUUAGCACUAGCUGGAAUUAUUGCUUCUACCUGCAUGGACCAAUGGAGCACCCAAGAUCUUCAAAACAAUCCAGUGACAGCUGUGUUUAAUUACCAGGGGUUAUGGCGUACUUGUGUGAGGGAGAGCUCUGGUUUCACAGAAUGCCGUGCCUAUUUCACCAUCCUUGGACUACCAGCAAUGUUCCAGGCUGUGAGGGCUCUGAUGAUUGUGGGCAUUGUGCUUGGAGCUUUUGGGCUUCUGGUGGCCAUUUUUGCCCUGAAGUGUUUGCGGAUUGGCAAUAUGGAGGAUUCAGCAAAAGCAAAUAUGACUUUAACUUCUGGAAUCAUGUUUAUUGUAGCUGGUCUGUGUGCCAUCUGUGGGGUGUCUGUUUUUGCCAACAUGCUUGUCACAAACUUCUGGAUGUCAACUGCUGGCAUGUAUCAAACAGGAGUGAUGCAGAUUCAAACAAGGUAUACGUUUGGCUCUGCUCUCUUUGUGGGAUGGGUUGCUGGGGGCUUGGCCUUGGUUGGAGGCAUCAUGAUGUGCAUUGCCUGCAGAGGACUGGUACCAGAAAAGACCCAUUAUAAAGCUGUAUCCUACAAUGCCUCAGGAAAAAAUAUCUCCUACAGGGCUGGAACUGGGUAUGAAAGUAAGAAGACUACAGCACAUGAUCUUGCCAAAAGCGAGGAUGGAAGACGCUCCUAUCCUUCAAAAUAUGAUUAUGUAUAGAAAGGAGGGUGUAGUCUUGUAUUCAGUUUACUAAGCCUCUAGUCUUAAAGGUCUUUUACAAGUCUAAUCUGUCCUUAUUUGUUUGGUCUGGGAACUUCUUGCCUGGAUGUUUAUUAAUAUGCUCAAUAAGACUUUGAAUAGAUAUUGUCCUCAUAAUGAACUCCAUUGCUAAAGAAUUCUGAUUUUCCUUGUGCACGCAUAAUAAGGUUAACUGCCUUUGAAAGUAAGGAGGAUUAAAGGCAGAUGAAGCACUAGUUCACCCCUUUGCCAUCUCUAAAUACCAGUAGAUAUUUAAGACCAAAACAUCACUGCACUGUAUUCAUAUGAGGGUCAUGCUUUGUAUCAUGUUUGGCUGUCCUUGAGAAAUAAAAACAUGAAACUGAAA